GUUAUGGUUUAUUAUUUGUUUCUAGAUGAGAAGAUGAGAUAAGAUUCAUUUUAACAAUUUGAGUAAAAUGAGUCUUUUUUGGAUUAUGUGUACAAAAUGACUCAAAUAAUACUGAAAAUUAGGCAUAUAGUUCUUUUUAUAAUCUUUAUUUUAGUUGUGUUAUGUAUCCUAGCAAAAUUAUUGAAUGGAGAUGGACAGAUUUUCAGAGAAUACAGUGACAGUUCAAAAAACAAGGAAUAUAUAUUUCCUGAUGAUAUAAACCAUGCAACACAAUUGUUAAAUGAAGCAAGUAACAAGAUAGAAGCAUUGGAAGAAAAGAUAAUUUCUUUGGAGGGCAGAGUACCAAAAACCUAUCCUGAUGUGAAAUUCUUGAAUUAUCUCAAUAGAAAAAGAAUAUUGGUAACUGGUGGGGCAGGGUUUGUUGGUUCACAUCUAGUAGAUAGAUUGAUGCUACAAGGACAUGAAGUGAUUGUUGCAGAUAACUUUUAUACAGGAAGGAAAAGUAAUGUGGAACAAUGGAUAGGUCAUGAAAAUUUCGAACUCAUACAUCAUGAUAUUGUACACCCAAUUUACAUUGAAGCAGAUGAGAUAUACCAUCUUGCCAGUCCAGCUAGUCCACCUCAUUACAUGCAUAAUCCUGUCAAAACAAUAAAGACAAACACUCUGGGAACCAUCAACAUACUAGGUUUAGCAAGAAGACUGAAUGCCAAGGUGCUAAUUGCAAGUACAUCAGAAGUUUAUGGUGAUCCUGAUAUUCAUCCACAACCAGAAACAUACUGGGGUCAUGUUAAUCCCAUUGGCCCUAGGGCAUGCUAUGAUGAAGGUAAAAGGGUAUCAGAAUCAUUAACGUACGCUUAUGCCAAGCAGGAGAAUAUGAAAGUUCGUGUGGCCAGAAUUUUCAACACUUAUGGCCCCAGAAUGCAUAUGAAUGAUGGAAGAGUUGUUUCCAACUUUAUUUUACAAGCUCUACAAGAUGAUAAAGUUACAGUGUAUGGAUCAGGAGAGCAAACCAGAUCUUUCCAAUAUAUUUCAGACUUAGUAGAGGGUUUGGUGGCUCUAAUGAAUUCAAACUAUUCUCAACCAGUCAACUUAGGCAGUCCAGUUGAACAUACAAUAAAUGAGUUUGCAACAAUUAUCAAAACUCUGGUCGGCGGACGCAGUAAAAUAGUGCAUGUAAGUGAAGUAGAAGACGAUCCUCAAAGGAGAAGACCAGAUAUAUCUAGAGCCAAAAAAAUUUUGAAUUGGGAACCGACAGUCACUCUCAACGUAGGACUCCAGAAGACUGUUGAAUAUUUUAGACAGGAACUAAAAAGAUACAAGUAUUCUCCAAGGAAUAAAUUUGUAAUAGGUGACCGACCUUAAUGAAAGUUUUUACUGAAGUAUUUUUUAUGGCUGUUUUAUAUAUAAUGAAUGUUGUUGAAUAUAAUUUGUUUGAAAAAUAAUCCAAUUUCCUUAACACCUAUCACAUACAUUGGAGAAGGAAACAAUUAUAUUUUUUCUGUGACAGGAAAAAAGUUUGACAAUUCAUCUCUGUUGAUGGGUUAUGAAAUGUCAAUUUUCAUACAUUCCAGAAUAUCUAUGGCUAUUGGGGAUAGAAAAUAAGCGUUCGCCACCUAGCGGAGAUCUUGAAAGCUGUCAUUGGUUCACAUUCGUUUUUAGUUUGUGCUAAUAGGCCUUUUCAUUUUUCAUUUAGAUGACAAAUGACUCUCUGUUUACAUCUCGCAUCUAACGACAGUGGCGGCCAUUUUUACUGAAACACUUACACCACACUCCUCAGUAACGAAUAAGUAACGUUUUUUGGAAUUAAAUUAUUAUAAUACAAUUAAUACACACCAGGAAUAUAAAAACAAGAAUACUAUGUUGUUAUUGUUGUUUCUCAAUGAGGAAUGCCCAUGGUGGUUGACACUGUUGACAUUUGACAGAACGUCAAUAAUACCCGCCAUAUUCGAAAUGGCCAAUCAGGAUUUUGUGUUGAAACUAUAGCCAAUGAGACUUCACCUUUGCAUUACCCAAUGAAUUGUUGGAUCUAAAAACGAGCGCAUGCGUCUUAAAAAUAUAUCUAGAUGAAAAGGCCUAUUGGCCACAUCAUCAAAACAAACCGCUCAGACGUGUUCAAGUUGUUGCCGUCAGGUGGGGCAACAUGUUAUUUUCUAUUCUGAAUUCAACUGUCAGUAAAUCCACUGACUGCUGAAAAUCUGUAUUUGGAAAUGAAAAAUCAAAAACACAGUGCUGUAAUAGAGAACUACAUUUCAUGGUUUUCAUCAGUAAUCAGCAACUGCAGCUGGUGAAAUUUUAAUAUUAUUCUCAGGGUCAAUUAUUUCAAUAACAGGCAUUUUCUGAUUGUUAUUACUUUAUUAUUGAUAAGACAAUUAUGCCUUAUGUUUGAAAAACAAGGUAAUAAAUAAAUGUGAAAUUGCUUCCCCCACUAAAAAAAUGACAGUUCUGUGGAGCCACACUACCUUUUGAUUGUGAACAAUUUCAGCAGAAUGUUGAGUUGAAGUUGAAAUAUUUGGAAUGCAUAGUAUGUCUGCUCAUAAGUAUCUGUCACUUUCAAUGAUUUUUUUCAUUUCUGAAUGAAAAUUCAGCAUAUUUAGUACUGUUGGUUGAAUAUGGAAUAUAGCCCUUAUAUACACUGUUGAUGGAUUUUGUUGUGGUCUCCCAGAAAGAACUGCAAGUUCUUUUAUCACCCAUUCCACUUCUCUACUAAGUGCAAUUUUCUUAAAAUCAAAUCACAGAAUAAUUAGACUGACAGACAUUUGAUGACUCAAAAGGAAUGAGAAAUCUCCAAAUUUCAUUAUGGAUAAUUUUCUAAUUUUGAUAUAAUGUAAUAUCUUCUCAAUAUUGAUUUGUCCUUUCUCCUGUCACAGAAUAAAAUUGUGUAUUAUACAAGGGAAAAAAUUCAUGGUUUUUGGUCUCCCUCUGCAAUGCAUCAGGAGACAACACAAUCUGGAGCUAAAAUCUACAACUUUUUUCCCUUGUAUAAUAAAUAACUAUUUCAGGAAUGUUGUUUCACUGUCUGUCAAUUUUAUGAUACAAGAACCAAUAUAUGGGGAACAUAAAACUGGGAGGACUCUUGAUGUUAUUUUGGCUGAUAUAUUUUUUAAUUUCAUCCAAGGUCAUUUCCACUACUUCUAUUAUCUCAUCAUCUACUCCACCUCCAUUAGAAACUUUCAUUUCAUCAGUAACUUCACAAUAGAAAGCUGUUUGAAGGCUAGCAGAAGUUCCAACUCCAGAUCUGUAUGAGCCUAUUUUUUGAAGGUUAGCCAAGGGCACAUCAUACCCACAUUCUUCCAAUAUUUCUUCUCUGGCUAUUUCUGCAACUGACUUGUCUUUAUCUAUGAUGCCAGCACAUAAUUCUAUGGUAAUGCCAAGAUCUGCUGGGUACUUUUCAAUGUUUAUCUCAUUUCCAAUGCUCCAGUCUUCUGCUGGUAUACUUCCUAUGUAUACUGCUGGACGAAACUGUUUCACAAAUAUCAAUACAUUUCUGGUAAUGUUGUAUAAUAAUAUUGCUACACUAUCAUGCACUGUUAGUAAAUCCCAUUUCCUUUUGAUUCCAUUUUGUAGAAAGUGCAUGGAGUAUGGUUUCAGGUAUAUUGAUUUUUCUAAAGGUUUCACAAAUACUUCCGUUACUUUAUCCAUAUUUAUUGAUAUCUUUUAUCAACCCCUUUUUCUUCCCAACCAGAGUAUAUAACACAAGAGUAUCU